AUGGCGGCCCGGCCGCCCGUGCUGAUGGGGUUGCGCGAUGCUGCCAUGGUCGGGCCGUGCCGAGGAGGCGGGCAGGCCCCUGCCUGGGCCAUCAACAAGCUAGGCGGCUCCGCGGAUUGGGUACCCUCUGUGCGGCCGGACUGUCCGCGCUGCGGGGUGUGCGGCGGGGCGCUGGCGCAUCUGGUGCAGGUGUACUGCCCGCUGGAGGGGUCUCCCAGCCACCGCGUCGCCAACGUCUUCGCCUGCGCCGGCAAGGGCUGCUCGGGAGCACCCCAGAGCUGGAAGGUGCUGCGCUCCCAGUAUUUGCAGUCACAAGAAAAGGAAACACAAAAUUGCAGCAUAAACCAGAAACAAGCAUCAAACUGUGCUGCAAAGGAUUGGUUUGAUGAAGCAGAUGACUGGGGAGACUGUGAUGGAGCAGAAUCUCCUGCAUCUGUCUCCCUCCAGAUGCUUGGCUUAAAUGAAGCAGUGAGCAGCUCUUUGUCCAGAGAGCUAGAGUGUGCAUCCCAGUUCCAACAGCUGUGCUUGUCUGAAGCUACAGAUGGGCCCCAUUCCCUGAACACACACCCUCCAGACAGCCAGGCAAUGGUAAUGGCAACGCAGAGUUCAGCUCCUAUGUUCCAGCCCUUUUACAUUAGUGUGGUGGAUGAGGAAGACUACACGGGUUUCCCUGAUACAGAUCAUGCAGAUAAGCUAUUGAAGGAGUAUCAGCAGAGAGAGGGUGUUGAUGUGGAACAGUUGGUGUCAGAAAGUUUUGCAGGUGAAGGUGAUAGUGAAAAAUAUGAGAAGAGUGAAGUCAAAGGCAGGGACCAUACAUUCCAUAAAUUUAUGAAAAGAGUGUCUGUGUGUCCAGAACAGAUCCUAAGGUACUCUAGGGGUGGCCAGCCUUUAUUCAUAACAUGUCCUCCAGUCAACAUUGAGAAAGGUGUUCCAGCCUGCAGUACCUGUGGAGGCAGCAGAGUAUUUGAAUUUCAGCUGAUGCCAGCACUGGUCAGCAUGCUCCAGAGUGACUCAGAUCUGUCAGUGGAAUUUGGAACUGUUCUAAUUUACACAUGUGAGAGAAGCUGUUGGCCACCAAAUCAUCAAACCCCUCUUGAAGAAUUUAUUUUUGUACAAGAAGACCCAGAUCAGAGAUUAUUUAAAUAA